AUGGUGCCAUUUGGACAAUUAGCAGCAGCAGCACCGUCACCAUCACUUUUUGAUGGACAUAAUCCGUCGUCAACGCCACCCAAAUUUGCAAGUCUUUCUCUAAAUAUAUCCGUAUUAGUCAGAAACAAAUCAGCAGCACCAAAACUUCAACAGGCUCAGAAAAUGUCGAUUGUUGAACAAACGCCACAUGGAAAUAUCGUCUCCAAUUUCACUCAAGCUUCAGAUUCCACAAAAACUGCUACACCUCGACGUAUAUUCAGCGAUGUGGCUUAUUUUUUAAUGAAAAGUUGGAAUGAAGAAAACAUUUUAUUGGCUAAAGCUAAAGUAAAGUUACUUUUAUGCAUAUUUGAUACUAUUUUGAUUUUUAAGGGUGUAUGGUCAACACCACCACAUAAUGAAGAUAAAUUAAACCAAGCUUUUCGAGAUCAUCAAUAUGUCAUUUUAAUUUUUUCCGUAAACAGCAGUAAAGCUUUUCAAGGUUUUGCUUUUAUAUCAUGUGAAGCUCGUCAUGAUAGUCAACCUAUAGAUUUGAUUUUACCACCCGGCAAAAGUAAUCGUAAUUUUUCAGAUGAUAUUUAUAUUCGUUGGGAGACUUGCAUAGGACGUGAUGGUCAGGAAAUUGAACCACGUUGUGCUGAAGCUUUAUGUCGUUUAUUUCCAUCAGAUCCAACAAUCGACAUAAUAUCAGUAACAACAGAAGUUAAAAACAACAAAAAACAUAAUUCAUCUCGAUCUCAGUCACACUUACCAUUUCCGAUAAAUGUUUCUUCAUCAUCACCAUUGGAAACCUCGCCGGCAUCAUUAUUAAUAAUUAAAGGGCAAACAUUAAAAGAUCGUAAUCAUCGUUCAUUACCAAAUCAUAGACAUCGACCAAUGUCAUCAGAUUUUUCAUCUCGUCAUUCAUCGAAUCGUUAUCGUCAUCGAUCACCUUCAAAUCAUAAUCGUCAUAGACAUCAAAAAUCAAGAAGUCGAGAACGUGAAAAUCAAGAUUUACGGCAAAAACGACGACGAUCAAGAUCAUCACAUUCAGAUCAUGGACGCAAAAAUAGUUCAAAUCGAAAACAUUUACAUUGUAGUAAUGAUGAUGAAGUAUCAUACAAUAAUACUUACAAAACGAUAACAGAAAUUACUAGUGAAACAUAUGAAAAAUACAUGACUCAUUUGAUUCUAACUCAUACACAGUAUGCUGGAUAUGGUACAGCUAUGUUUCCAUCUGGAGUAAGUUUUUAA